AGCUACUUGUGGAGAUAUGGCCGACAAGCCUAUUUUGUAAAUAGUUUUUAAUAUUAUUUGUAUUUGUUUUGUCAAUUUUUCACUGUAUGUACAUUCAUCAUUAAAUGACUGUACAUGUUGUUUUAGUCAAUGACCUUGAAGACACUUUCCGUUGUGAUUCCAACAUAGCGUGACAUAUUCUUUCUGGCUACCAAAUACAUUAAUACUCACACAUCCCUCGUUCUGUUUUCAUUCGAGAUUGAGUUAACUUAGUUCUAAAACAAAUAUUAUUUGCAUUCAUAGACUGAGAAAGUGAAUACAUCACAUCUUACUGUGGAUUACAAUACUGGGGAGAUCAUCGAUACGUUUGGAAUUACUAAGCAUCUAUAAUUGUGGAUUUAUUGUACCAGAUCAAAGUCGAAUACGCAUCAUUUCGGGUGAACUUAAACAAUCUACUUCUCCUGUUGUGAUCAAUAAUUUCCAUUUAUUUUGACCUAUGAGAAUCACCUAAAAGUUUCCAGAUUACAAUUUUCAAAUAAGACAAAUGCCUAAGAAGAAAAAAGUUAAGUCCGGGAAAAAUCGUGGCAAAAGAUUGAAGACUUCUAGGAAAAAAAAGACAGUGCUAGAAGCUAAAAUAGACAAAUUUUGUGCAGAUGAAGAAAAGUACGCCGACUUUUUAAAGCGUUCAAAUUUGUGGAUAAAAUGUCAUGCAGAGCAAAUAAAAAGUCUUCUUCAUUUAACAGCCCACUACUCAGAUUUCAACUUUACUUAUGAUGAUUUUAAAGCUGCUGUGUUAUCAUUGAACUGCCCAUUUACAAAGUUUGAAAUCGAUGUAAUUACAAGAUUGCUUGAUAAAAAUAAGAAUGGUUUUAUUGAAUAUCAGGAUUUAACAUGCAGUUUAACAAAAUUAAGUCUUGAAGAUGGAACUCUAAAAGGAUUGAAUAUUGAAAGAAUAGCAAAAUCAGAUAGAGGGUCGGUUAUUUGCAAGUUCAAUUGCUUAAAUUGUAUGAAUAUUCAUGAAAGUCCAUUGCAUUUUGAACAAUUGGUUCCAUUAAAUACAUUCACUGAAGGUCUGGUAAACAUUAUUCGUCAUAAAACGUUAUUAUGGUUACCGAAGAUUUCAAUCUUUUUAAGUGUGAAUGCCGAGUCUGAAAGUGAGCUACUACCAGAAUUAAUGUUAAGUGAUUAUGAUAUAAAAAGUGGUGCAAAAUAUGAUGCGCCAAAAUUGGAUUUGUUCUAUAAACCUACUGGACAAAUAUUAUCGAGUGAUCAUUAUACUGUCGAAUUAUUUGAUACAGUUGAAACUCUACAGUCUGAUCCUGUUUUAUGGUCUAAACUUGUGACAGAAAACAUCAAAUUUCAAGAAACUUCGUCACACAAUGUUCAACUACUUGCUAAUAUAGAUAGUAGUAUAAAUCCUUUCACGUGAAGUUACCUUCAAUCUGUAAACAGUCCUUGUAAAUACUAAUUGAUGUUAGAUUUAUUUUUAAACAAUUCUGACAGAUGUUUGUAUUUUUCCAAUCUGUUCUUAUCUUACCAGUAUUAUAAUUUACCAGAAAAAGGAAUUUAUUUUAGUAGUUAUGGCUUAGAAGUUUUGUUUUUUGUGAACCUUUGAACAUUUAACGACAUCUUUUAAAAAAAAUUUUUCUUUGUUGAUUAAUAAUUAGUUAAAUUUCUAUUUGAUUUGACUUGUUUGUAAACCCUAAUGAAUCUGACUUUAUAUUUUUUCUCACAAUCUUUGUUUCGCAAUCUCUAACGAAUGGUAGAUCAAUAGUUUCUGGCAUAUCAAAUAGUUUGAAAACCUAUCCAGAUUGUACACUAAUGUGGACAGAUUCGAUAAGAUAAACCUUUUAUCUUAAAUGUUUCACAACAAUGAUGUUUCUAAAUAUUAUAACAUUUGGCUUUCAACAUUUAAUUUUUCAACGUAAUCGAUAUUUUUGGGAGCAAUUUCAUGGAUUUUCUGGUUAAGUUUAAUUUUUUUUAACUAAUGGACUGCAAGAGAGUGAUAAACAGCUUUAAAAAGGGGCUAAAUCUCCGAUUCAUUUAAAAAUAUAGUUGUAAUAUCGGUGGUGAUACAGACUAUCGUUUUGUAGUCACGUUAAAGUUCGUUAUGAGAAUAGUUAAAGUGUUUAAAUAUUACAAUUCCG